CACGGUCCGGUCGCUUGUCCUCGAAACCCACCUUCAUAACACCCUUUUCUCCUUUCAAUAUGACUGUUGCCGAGACAGUGAAGAGCGCCGUUGGGCUUUCGGGCAGCACUCCUGCCACGAGCCAGGAAAUGUCGGAUGCUCGCCUUCCUCUUCAGUACCGCGACUCUUGCGCUCACUUGCUAAUCCCCUUGAACCGCUGCCGGCAGCAGGAGUACUACCUCCCGUGGAAGUGCGAGGAUGAGCGACACAGCUACGAGAAGUGCCAGUACGAGGAGUUCAAGAAGCGCGUCGCCAAGAUGGAAGAGCUCCGGGCCGCAAAGGAUGGUGCCCGCAGCAAUUGAUACCGGAAUUUCGACAUCCUCUUAUUCGCGACGGACGAAGCAGCAUGUUAUGUACAUAGAGAUUGUGAGAUUGUUUGUCCAUGUACCGACUUUGGCGUUGGGAUUCCAUCGAGUCGAUCCUGUCGAUACCAUAUUUUGAGAGCCAGGGUCAAUAAACCCAUAAAAGGCCUCAGUAGCUGGUCACCUCUCUCCAGUGUCUUUUUGGAGAACCGCGCAGCUUGACGUGCUCCUACUCUCGGGCAAUAUAGCAUGAGUAAGACAGGCAUUUCUGCCCUAGCCGGGAGCCGUUUUGAGCAUGUCAGCCUGCUAAAAAGCGAGUCGAGAUUGAGACAGCAUCAGUUGAUUCUG